AUGGAUCAAGCUAUCGAUGAUGGUGUAAACAUCAUCUCUUUAUCGGUAGGAUCUUCUGGUUAUGCUCCUCAGUAUUACCGAGAUUCCAUUGCUAUUGGAUCUUUUGGAGCGAUGCAACACGGUAUUCUCCUUUCCGCUUCCGCAGGAAAUUCCGGUCCUGAUCCUUAUACUGCAACUAACAUCGCUCCUUGGAUUCUUACGGUUGGAGCUUCCACAAUCGACAGAGAAUUUCCGGCAGACGUUGUUCUAGGCGAUGGGAGGGUUUACGGAGGCGUAUCUCUUUACUCCGGUGAAGGACUCGACGACACUCAAUAUCCUCUAGUUUACGCAGGGGACUGUGGUAGUAGAUACUGUUACUCCGGACAACUAAACUCCACACUAGUCGCCGGCAAAAUCGUGAUAUGCGAUCGUGGAGGCAACGCAAGGGUUGAAAAGGGAAGCGCCGUUAAAAUAGCCGGAGGCGUCGGAAUGAUACAUACAAACUUAGACGAGAACGGCGAAGAACUUCUCGCCGAUGCGCAUCUCCUACCUGCAACUAUGGUUGGUGCUGCAGGUGGAGAUAAGAUAAAAGAAUAUUUAAAAUCCGAUCCGUCACCAACGGCGACGAUUGUCUUCAAAGGGACAAUCAUCGGAACAUCACCAUCAGCACCGCGUGUGGCUUCAUUCUCAAGCCGUGGGCCGAACUACCGCACGGCGGAGAUCAUCAAACCUGACGUGAUUGCUCCCGGCGUUAACAUUCUAGCCGCUUGGACCGGGUACACCAGCCCGACCGAUUUGGAUAUUGACUCUAGACGGGUUGAGUUCAAUAUUAUAUCUGGUACAUCGAUGUCAUGUCCUCAUGUGAGUGGCCUAGCCGCUUUGCUCCGUCGGGCCCACUCGACGUGGACACCAGCUGCUAUAAAAUCUGCACUCAUGACCACCGCUUAUUACUUGGACGACACCGGAAAGAAUAUUACCGACCUUGCCACCGGCGAACAAUCCACACCGUUCGUUCACGGAUCAGGACACGUGGAUCCAAACAGAGCCCUUAAUCCAGGUUUGGUAUACGACGCUGGUGUCGAUGAUUACUUGUCCUUCCUUUGCGCCAUUGGAUACGACUCCAAGCAAAUAGCUACUUUUACAAAAGAUCCAGUGGAUUGCAGCGAGGGAAAGUUCAGUAAUCCCGGCGAUCUAAACUACCCAUCUUUUUCUGUUGUGUUUGAUUCCAAAACCGGCGGAGUUGUGAAGUACAACAGGGUUGUGAAGAACGUAGGGAGUGAGGUGGAUGCGGUUUAUAAGGUGAAAGUGAGUGCUCCGCAGGGGGUGGAGGUGGUUGUGUCACCGGUGAAGCUUGAGUUUAGUGAAGAGAAGAAAGAAGUGGAAUAUGAGAUCACUUUCAGCUCCGGUGGUGGUGGAAGUGCGGUGUUUGGGGCCAUUGAAUGGAGCGAUGGAAUGCACAAUGUAAGAAGCCCGAUUGCCAUCCAAUGGAAGAAGAGUUAUGGGCAAAUGAGCAUGUAA